UUGUACAUGUAAGACGUAAGUAGUUCGCGUUUGAACAAAAACAAAUGAAUUUAUUUACACCGCAAUGUGAGGCGCAAAGUGUUGGCGCAGCAAAUCAACUAUUUGCAACGUUGGUUCAAACAAUUUUGGCUGUUCAAUGUUCAAUUUCUCCGCCGGAUAUGUGGCCGAAAGACUACGGUGAAACUGCAUUGGAAAGUGAUUUUGUUGAUUUCGAUUUCAUCGUCAUUGGAAGUGGGUCGAGUGGAGGAGUGGUCGCGAGCCGACUGAGUGAAAUUGCAGACUGGAAAGUUCUUUUGCUGGAAGCCGGAAGUACUCCGCCAAUUGAAUCUGAAAUUCCCGGUUUUCAAUAUACAUUGUUAAAAUCUGAAUACGAUUGGCAAUUUCGUACGGAAUCGAAUACAGCUUGCUUUGCAUAUUCAACCGGGUGUCUUCGUCCGAGAGGUAAAAUGUUGGGUGGAACGUCUGGCAUGAACUCAAUGUUGUAUAUUCGAGGUCAUAAGCAUGACUUUGAUCUGUGGAGCGAUUAUCAUGGCAAUCCCGGUUGGGACUAUGACAGUGUGUUGCACUACUUCAAGAAAUCCGAAAACAACCUGAACGAAGAGUUUGUGAAAUAUAAGAAUGGCACCUAUCACAGUGAUAAAGGUAUGAUGAAAGUGGAUUUUUUCGGUGGCGACAUACCGUUCAAUCAAGUUUACCUUGAGGCUCUCAAUGAAAUUGGUAUCGAAACCAUUGACAAUGUAAAUGCAGAUAAGGUAUUCGGUGCAGCCGAUGUUCAAGGAAAUAUUUGGAACGGAAGACGACAAAGUACAGCCAAAGCGUUCCUAGUACCAGCCAUGGACCGUAAAAACUUACAAAUCACUUAUCAUGCGGAAGUGCAAAAGAUUAUCAUCGACGAUCAUAAUCGGGCUAAUGGUGUUGAAUUUAUUUACAAAGGAAAGCAUAUAAAGGCGUUUGCGAAAAAAGAGGUUAUUUUAUCGGACGGUUCAAUAAUGAGUCCAAAAAUUCUAAUGCACUCCGGAAUCGGACCAAAAGAUCAUUUACAAGAACUUGGAAUUCCGAUUAAAAUCGAUUUACCGGUUGGCAAAAAUUUGAUUGAGCACAUUUUCACGCGUAUAUUUUUCACAUUUACAAAGUCACAAGAGUCACGCAACCCAAUUCUUAUGAAAUUAGAUGAUAUAUAUCAUUUUACCAUACACAAUUCGGGGCCACUUGUGCAUGGAUAUCAAGUACAAGCGACUGGAUUUAUAAAUUCUUUUAAUGGCACCGACUAUCCCGAUGUACAACUCUCUUAUUUUCACAUUCCACCCAAUGACGACGUGCAAAAAUCAACAUUCGGCGGAUUUCAACCGAAGAUUAGAGAUUUCUUUUUUGAAAAUCUGAAACAAUUCGACAUCGGAUUCAUUUUUGCCGAAUUAGUUCAACCGAAAUCACGUGGUUAUAUUGUACUGAAUACCACAUCACCGAAUGACAAACCCAUCUUAAGACCCAAUUAUUUAACUAACGACGAUGAUGUUCAAGCACUGUUCAGGUCUAUAAAAAGAAUACUCGCAGUAUUGGAUACGAAAGCGUAUAAGGAAAAGGGUGCCAAAUUAUUACGAAUUCCGCUUGAAAAAUGUGACCAUUUUGAGUAUUUAUCCGAUGAAUAUUGGCUGUGUUAUAUUCGUUACAUUUCGUAUCCGACAAAUCACUCGGUCGGCACCAGCAAAAUGGGACCAGAUUCGGAUGCGGUUGUUGAUAGUCGAUUAUGUGUUCGCGGUAUAGAUGGAUUGAGACAAAUCGACGGUGGCAUAAUGCCAAGCCCUGUAUCCGGAAACUCAAAUGCAGCAUGCAUUAUGAUAGGCGAAAAGGGAGCUGACCUGAUUAAAGAAUCAUAUGGUCGUGUUUGAUAUUAUUUUGAAUUUUGGAAAUUGCUUAUUGACAUUACAUAAAAUCCACACAGAAAUGUAUUGACGUCAGAUGUAUUUUAUUUGAAGUUAAAUUCGUUAUGAAAUUCUAAGAAUUCUUGUUCUUUGGUAUACUUUCAAUAAUUAAAAAAAAAAACACUUUGAAUCAACA